AUGACAGACAAAAAACAAAAGCAAAUCAGCAUGGCGGCCAGCGCGAUAGCCCUGAAGGGGGUCCGCAUGUUCCUCAAGGCUGGGCGGGCCGCAGUGGACCGUGGCUCACCUCCAACGAAGAGGAAGACCAAACCAGUGGUGCCUGUGAACAAGAUACCUAAGCAGAGUCUAGACGUACUGUUAAGAGUGACGAGGUUUAAUAAAAACGAGUUGGAAGCCCUCUUCACAAUGUAUCGCCGUUUGGUGACGGCAGCGCAGGCGGCGGCUCCCCCCACUAUCAUUGGACAACCCGUCCCUAAGAUUGACGGUAUCGACCAAAGUACAUUCCGAGAUGUAAUGCAUAAUACCUUUGAUCUGGUCACCGAGGAAAUAGUUCUAGACAGAAUCUGGAGCGCCUGGGACCGCGGGGUGAACGGGGGCGAAGGAGCCCUUAAAUUUGAGGCAUGGGUCAAGGGGCGUAGCGUGCUGUUGCGAGGCAAUAUUGAAGAGAAGAAAGUCUAUUGUUUUAACGUGUAUGACUUGAACGCUGAUGGAUAUAUAACAAGAGACGAAAUGUUUAUACUUCUGAAAAAUUCAUUACUGAAGCAGCCAGGAGAUGAAGACCCAGAUGAGGGAGUAAGAGAUCUGGUCGAAUUGGUUCUACGUAAAUUGGACAUUGACAAAGAUGGAAAAGUGUCUUUGGACGAUUACAGACAAGCAGUUCAACAGGAACCGUUAUUAUUGGAAGCCUUUGGCCAGUGCGUCCCUACACGCCGACACGCGGCUACGUUCCUUAAGACUUUAAGCACUAAGCAAUGAGAUUAUAAAUUCAAUAAGCUAACUGUAAUGAGUAUAUAGGUACAAGGUUAUAUUAUGGCCU